GACUGGGCAGGCUUUGCUCUCUUCACAAAUAGGACACGGUUCUCAAAUCCAGGCAGUCCCAAUCUGACCUCCAAGCACCAAGGAACCCCUGACUGGGAUAUCGGGAGAAAGAAAUCACCAAAAAAGAAACAGCAAAAACUUUGUGUCAUUAUUUUUGGCGAGUGCUCACACUGUAGCCCCCUUACCCUCCUCCCUCCCCGCCACCGCCACCACUUCCACACCGGUUUCUCGCAUCAUUUGGACUAUACAUUUUUUUUCUGGAGAAGAGACAUUCACGGGAAGAAGGAAAAAGCUGGUGCACAAACACCAGUCCUUCUGUCCCACCCAUGUUGUAGUUUCUUCGCUUUUCCUUUCUUCCAGUUGCCUUCACACCCCGGCGAGGAGGUGAUCUGAAUCUCUGGGGUUGUGUUUUUGUUUUGUGUGCCUCUCAGAAUCUCAGAGCCCAGUUGGAUGCGCUGAGAGAGCAGGGCGCAGCGCUGCAGUACAGUAUAUGGAAGUUGUGGGCUGCAAGACAGAGGCAGGCAGUUGCACGUUGCGUCCAGGACCGGGAGCCAUGCUUUUCCACGGGAUCUCCGGGGAUCACAUCCAAGGGAUCAUGGAGGAGAUGGAGAGAAGGUCGAAAACGGAGUCGCGCCUGGCGAAAGGCGUGCAGCUCAACGGGAGAGAGUCGACCAUGCCUUCUAUGAGUCCGGAGAAGCCUGCUCUGUGUGCUGGCUGUGGCGGCAAGAUUUCGGAUAGAUACUACCUCCUGGCCGUGGACAAACAGUGGCACCUGCGGUGCCUCAAAUGCUGUGAAUGUAAACUAGCGCUGGAGUCGGAGCUAACGUGUUUUGCCAAGGAUGGGAGUAUCUAUUGUAAGGAGGAUUACUACAGGUUCUCCGUGCAGAGGUGCGCGCGCUGCCACCUCGGGAUAUCAGCCUCCGAGAUGGUGAUGCGAGCGCGCGACUCCGUGUACCACCUGAGCUGUUUCACGUGCACCACUUGCAACAAGACCCUGACCACGGGCGACCACUUCGGCAUGAAGGACAGCCUGGUGUACUGCCGGCUCCACUUCGAGACGCUGAUGCAGGGACCGGACUACCACCCUCAGCUCAACUUCGCCGAGCUGGCAGCCAAAGGCGGCGGCCUCACCCUGCCCUACUUCAACGGAACCGGCACGGCGCAGAAGGGAAGGCCGCGCAAGAGGAAAAGCCCGGCAAUGGGGAUAGAUAUACCCAGCUACAAUACAGGCUGUAAUGAGAACGACACCGAUCACUUAGACCGGGACCAGCAGGCCUACCCUCCAACGCAGAAGACCAAACGCAUGCGGACGUCCUUCAAGCACCAUCAGCUGCGGACAAUGAAAUCCUACUUUGCCAUCAACCACAACCCAGAUGCCAAGGACUUAAAGCAGCUGGCUCAGAAAACAGGCCUCACCAAGAGAGUUCUGCAGGUUUGGUUCCAAAACGCAAGAGCCAAAUUCAGAAGGAACAUUUUGCGACAGGAGAAUGGAGGUGUUGAUAAGGCUGAUGGCACCUCACUCCCUCCACCCUCAUCCGACAGUGGGGCCCUGACCCCCCCCUCCAGCGCUGCCACAAUAACAGACCUGACAAACCCCUCAAUCACUGUAGUGACCUCUGUCACCUCUAGUUUGGACAGCCAUGAUUCGGGGAGCCCUUCGCAAACUACCUUGACAAACCUUUUCUAACAAGCUAUCUCUAGCAAACUGAUUUUUAUUUUAUCUGAGUUUUAUUUGUUUAUUUUAUUUUAUUUUAUUUCCUCAAUUUACAUUUUAUUUUUUUAAGUGACUCCUUUAAAUCAACCAGAGACAGCUCCUUGGAACAGAAAGUGCUGUACUGUGUACACAAACAAGAACACCAAGAGCAAGAUCAGCAGCAACCACAUUAAAACACAAGGAAAUCAUUUUAUUGUGUAGCAUUUGAAACCGCAUGGCAGCCGUGUCUAUAGUUGACCUAAAGUAUGCAGAGAUUUUGGAUGGGACAUUUUCAAAAUGAAGGCAUUAGAAAAUUGUCAUGAAUUCACCAGUUUAUUGGAAAAAAAUGACUAAACUUGAAGCUUGUCUGGAAAAUUUUAUACUUGAUUUGACUUUAUCUGUACAUUUUGUAUUGAAGUAUGAUAAAAUGAGCCCUUCCUAAUUUAUCAUUAAUUGGUACAUUUUAAAAUAAUAUGAAGAUUUUGCCCUCAGACACCUAUAUAUGUAUGCACUGUGUUCACACUAUCCAGUUUAAUUUCUGUUUUGGAAUAAUUUGAGAAAUAAACUUGUAGAAUGUUCUGUAUAUGGGUAACUCCAGAAAACAGGCUUUAAUUAUUUCCGGGCGUUUGUUGGGAUAUCUCACAGAGCUACAUGUAGAACGUCUAAAUUUCAUGAUAAGCACCCAACCAUUGCAGCUUAUAUGGCAGGUAAAUGCUGAAACCACUUAUAUUUUUCGUCUCGAUUCACACCACUAUUUGGAAAAAAGAGAGCAAAGCAAAUCCCCCAAUCUGUACAGUGGUAACUGUUCAACAUGCAGCCCAGUCACAUUGAUAGAAAUAAGCUGAUAAUUAGAAAACAGCAAGAGAAAUUUGGACUGGGGAGUAGUUUAUGGGCACUGUUAUAAUCGGCUGUUUUUAUGACAGAGCACUUUUUUUGGAUGUGUUGGCCUCAUAGAUUAACCGUAGUCAAAUGGAUAAAUCCUAUUAAACAUAUCCAUAGAUCCACAGCUAAACUCAAUUGCACAGUGACAAUAUACUGCCCAAUGAAAAGUGCAUUAUUGUUUUUAUCAUGUUGCUCAGGGUAAUGACGUGAUUUUUAAAAAAGGGAAUAGGAGGAGGGGCGAGAAGUGAAGUGGUCUUGACGUUGCAGACUAGAUUUGUAGAGCUGACAUGAACAUUCAAAUGACCUCAGAUAGGUGGAGUUGUGAGAUGCAGCCAGUGGGAAGUCAUCGUCCAUGUGUUCUCCUUUUUGGCCAUAUUUAUACUUUCUUUAAUGACACUUGCCACUGAACAGACCAAAAACAUGUUUCUUCUGGCUGAAAGAGAGAGAAAAGAAAGCAACAAAUCUUCAAUGGAGUCGAUACAUUUCAUUGUGAGCGUCACAAUUUGUUCUAUUGUAGAACAAAGUGGUACUCUAGAUCUACUUAAUGAAGUAGAUGCCUAACUCAGUUCUACUAUGUGCCUUAUGCUAUAACUUGGGAGAAAGUUUGUGAAAUUCAGGAUAUAUGUGUUCUUUGUUAACUGACUCACAUCCUUUUGACGCCUCACUAGUUUUGUACUGUUUUGCAUCUUAUUUCCGAAGAUCUUUUUAUGGUGUAUCCUGUUAAAAAGGGGGCAGCGAUGUCAUAGAAAGCAUUUGUGCACUCUUUCAGAUAUAGUUGGGUAAUCCAAGAACCUUAUAUAUUGAUCUUCGUGUUAAUAGUUGAGUACAGUAAGUGUUCUAUCAAGAUUGUCCAUGUUUCCCUGUUUCUUGAUAAAGAUGGUGUAUAGAAACUAUUUCCCCUUAAAUAUUUAUGGACCAAACGGUUGUUAUAUUAUCUUAUUAAAUUUGUGUGAAUAAAAAAAUACUUUGCUUUAAAUGGGUUUUAUUUUUCAUUACACUUGCCAUUUUUGUGUUCUUUCUUAAAUGCAAUUUUUGUUUAUCACAUCAAAAAAUGAGCCAGCAUCCAGUUAUAAAUGCCAAGUUAAACGUCCUCAUUUUUGCUUCCAUUUUUAAUUUCUAUUUUAUGAUGUUUAUGG